AUAACCAUCAGCACGCGAACCACAAUAAUUCGAGGCAAACUGACGAGAUGUUGUUUGUGUACAUGUGUUGAAUGUUUGAUUUGCUCCCCCAUGACAUGAUUUCACCACUGUAGAUGAAGAAACCAGGACAGAGAGAAAUCAUAAGGAGCAAAAAAAAAACAAAGACUUUUUAUUUUCUUGCUCUUUCUGACAACAGCCCAUGCGGUUGCAGGGGGUUACUAUACCUCGGUUCAAUGUUCUCAAAGUGGCCGAUCUGUCUUGUUUCUGAUCUUAUCUGGGAUCUGUGUGGAUUUGCUUUUUUUUUCUGUUUUCGCUGGGUUUGCUGUGGUUUUUUUCUCUUUCGAAGCAUGCAAAGGGACGAAGUCUUACGAAUAAGGGGACACAAACUGGGAGUUUCUGUUGCUGUUUUAUUCUUGAACCUGGGGGGGGCGGACUGACGGGCAAAAUAAAAUCACACUGCAAGAAGGAGAAGAACCCUUUGGGGUUGGUGGGUUUGUUCGACCUUGGUGCAUUAAAGGAUUACUGUUGUUGUCGUUGUCGAUGAUGAUCUUUCU